ACCAAUUAAUUAAUAUAUAUAACCUAACCCACUCUUUCUCUCUCUUCACUCUUGUUCAAUUCACUCACUCUCCUCGGUCCCAAUCAACAAAGUAAAUCCCUUUCUUCUUCUUCCUAUCGCAAAAUCCCCAAAACCCUUUCGAUCUAUCCAUGGCCGACGAAGCUAAAGCCAAAGGCAACGCAGCAUUCUCUUCCGGCGAUUUCUCAACGGCCAUCCGUCACUUCUCUGAAGCCAUCGAUCUUUCCCCCACCAACCACGUCCUCUACUCCAACCGAUCCGCCGCUUACGCUUCUCUCCAGAAUUACACCGACGCUUUAACCGAUGCCAAGAAAACCGUCGAACUCAAACCUGAUUGGUCAAAGGGUUACAGCCGUCUCGGUGCCGCUCAUCUCGGUCUUUCUCAAUACGAUGACGCCGUUUCAGCUUACAAGAAAGGGUUAGAAAUUGAUCCUAAUAAUGAACCCUUGAAAUCAGGUUUAGCCGAUGCUCAAAAAGCCGCGGCGGCGAGUUUUUCUAGGCCACGUUCUGCGCCGGGUGCUAAUCCCUUUGGUGAUGCCUUUUCUGGACCAGAGAUGUGGGCGAAACUCACGGCUGAUCCUACAACUAGGGUUUAUCUUCAACAACCUGAUUUUGUGAAGAUGAUGCAAGAUAUUCAAAAGGAUCCCAAUAAUUUGAAUUUGUAUUUGAAGGAUCAAAGAGUUAUGCAAGCUUUUGGGGUUUUGCUUAAUGUUAAAAUUGGAAGAGGUGGUGAUGAUGUGGAUAUGCCCGAUAUGCCUUCCAGCUCGGAGAGGAAGAGAGCUGCUGAACCUGAGGUGACAAAGCAGCCGGAGGUUGAGCCUGAGCCGGAACCGGAGCCAAUGGAGGUGGCUGAUGAGGAGAAGGAAGUGAAGCAGAGGAAAGCUGAUGCGCAGAAGGAAAAGGAGGCUGGUAAUGCUGCGUAUAAGAAGAAGGAUUUUGAUACCGCGAUUCAGCAUUAUUCGAAAGCUUUGGAAUUGGAUGAUGAGGAUGUUUCCUUUCUCACUAACCGUGCUGCUGUAUACUUGGAAAUGGGAAAGUAUGAGGAUUGCAUAAAAGAUUGUGAUAAGGCUGUUGAAAGAGGACGAGAGUUAAGAGCAGACUACAAGAUGAUAGCAAGAGCUUUGACAAGGAAAGGAACUGCCAUGGGUAAAACGGCAAAAUGCUCUAAAGAUUAUGAACCUGUCAUUGAGACUUACCAAAAAGCGCUUACAGAGCACCGUAACCCAGACACCCUGAAGAAACUCAAUGAAGCUGAGAAGGCCAAGAAAGAACUAGAACAACAAGAAUACUUCGAUCCAAAUUUGGCUGAUGAGGAGAGAGAAAAAGGGAAUGAAUACUUUAAGCAGCAGAAGUAUCCUGAAGCUAUUAAGCAUUACACAGAGUCUAUAAAAAGAAACCCACAAAAUCCUAAGGCUUAUAGUAACAGAGCUGCAUGUUACACAAAACUGGGGGCAAUGCCUGAAGGUUUAAAGGAUGCAGAGAAGUGUAUUGAGCUUGAUCCGACCUUCACCAAGGGUUAUACUCGGAAGGGUGCGGUUCAGUUUUUCAUGAAAGAAUAUGAAAAGGCUUUGGAAACAUAUCAGGAAGGGUUGAAACAUGAUGCAAACAACCAGGAAUUGCUUGAAGGGGUUCGAAGUUGUGUGAAGCAAAUUAAUAGAACCAGUCGUGGAGAUGUAACUCCUGAAGAGUUGAAGGAGAGACAGGCUAAGGCAAUGUCAGAUCCAGAGAUUCAGAACAUCCUUCAAGACCCUGUUAUGAGACAGGUAUUGGUUGAUUUCCAGGAAAAUCCGAAGGCUGCACAGGAACAUACCAAGAACCCGGGUGUGAUGGACAAGAUCCAAAAGCUGAUCAGUGCCGGAAUUGUCCAGAUGAAGUAAAUUUGAUGGAAGAUAGCAGCUCUUGCGAAAAAGCAAUUGGCUAUUAUUCCUAUUGUGACUUUGAUUUGAUAUUGGAAUAGAUUGGAUUGGAAGUACAAUAGUUGGGAAAUUUUGACUUGUUUUGUUUUUGUUUUCGUGUAUUCGUAGAAUUUUUAAAAACUCAAGUAUUCAUUUUUGCAUAGUAAUUGAUGUCGUGUGCAUGCUUUCAAUUGGAUCUGUAUCAGUUUAAUGACUUCACUCUAAAUUUAGGAAAUCAUUUUCUUUGAUUGUAGAAGAGAUACUUGCUAGAUUGUGUUGAACUAAAAUACAAACGUUCAUUGCACAAUGUAGUAACAGGCGAUGAGUCUCUGUAGACAUAAUGCGCAUCUCUUUUUGCAA